AUGUACCAGCGCAACAGUACACCGGUCAAGCUAGAGGUAUCAGCCAAAGUUCUGAAAGGUUAAAUUCUUUUGUUACAUUUGUGCCCCAGGUGGAAAAUAGAAUGGGAGAUGUUUCAAAGGAAUUAUAAUCCAACACAACAUCCAGAGGUUACUCAUCUCUUGUAUGAAAUCCACUGGGACAGAAACCCCAAGACUUGGAGGCAAUGGUGUACAAGCAAUCAUAACCAACAUGCAGAAAUCAAUUUUUUGGAAAACCACUGUGAAGUGAUAAAUCACCGGAGAACCAGGCCAUGCUCUGUCACUUGGUUUCUGUCCUGGAGUCCUUGUGGCAGAUGUAGCCACUCUAUAAUUGAGUUCUUAAAAGAGCAUCCUAAUGUAACACUGGAGAUACUAUUCUCUCAGCUCUUCAGGCAUAAUGAUAGGUGGAAUUGGAAUGGUCUCAGGGCCUUAGCUAAUCAUGGAGUCCAGAUAUCUGUCAUGCAACUGCCUGAUUAUGCCAAUUGUUGGAAAACAUUUGUGUUGCAUCAAAGAAGAAAUUAUUGGCCAAGGAGUUUCUGUCCCUGGAUACGUUUUUAUUCCCAACAACUUGACUCUAUCCUUGCGUGA